AUGAAAGUGAGGACGGCCGUGUACGCGUGUCCAACACCGAAUUGCGCCAAAUCAUUUAAUUGGAAAGGGAACUUGAACAGACAUCUGAGAUACGAGUGCGGCCUUCAGCCACGGUUCAAGUGUCCGUAUUGCGCGUAUUGUUGCAAGGUUAAAGGGGACGUAAACAAACACAUAAUAAGAAAACACCAAGGUUUGGCUAUUUACGUGGUCGACCUGUUCGCGUCUACGACAAGGGGCAAAGGAUCCACGUUGCGUGUGGACGAUCAUCGUCAAUGCGGCAAUUGGUUAAUGAAACCGAGCAAGUACGCCUGUCCGAAUCCCAAUUGUCGAAGCGUGUUCGCGUGGAAGAGGAACUUGACCAGCCAUUUGCGAUAUCAGUGCGGUCAGCAGCCACGAUUCAAGUGCCCUUAUUGCGAGUACAAGUGCAAGGUGAAGACCGACAUACGAAAGCACAUCAAGACGAAGCACAAGAACAGGGAUGUCUACGUGAUCGAUGUGUUCCAAUCGUGGCAACUCCUUCAGUGA